GAGUACGAAGACAGCAGCCAGAACAUGAUGUGGACGGACGGGAACACGGCAGCGCAGCACCAGCAACCUCCGCACCCCCAGCCUCCACGGCGGCACGGCUGGCCGCAGAGUGGACCGGCUAGACAUCAACAUCCAGAUCGACGAGUCUUACUGCGUAGACGUGGGAGACGGUCUGAAGCGCUGGAAGUGCCGCAUGUGUGAUAAAUCGUACACUUCCAAGUACAACCUGGUCACGCACAUCCUGGGCCACAACGGCAUCAAACCGCACGCCUGUCCUCACUGCGGGAAGCUCUUCAAGCAGCCCAGUCAUCUUCAAACCCACUUGCUGACCCACCAAGGGACGCGGCCGCACAAAUGCACCGUCUGCAAGAAGGGCUUCACCCAGACCAGCCACCUGAAGAGACACAUGCUCCAACACACAGACGUCAAGCCCUACAGCUGCCGCUUCUGCCGCCGUGGCUUCGCCUAUCCCAGCGAGCUGCGAGCCCACGAGGUGAAGCACGAACGGGGGCGAUGCCAUGUGUGCUCGCAGUGCGGCAUGGAGUUCCCAACCUACGCCCACCUCAAACGCCACCAGACCAGCCACCAGGGCCCCCACACCUUCCAGUGCACCGAGUGCAACAAGUCGUUCGCGUACCGCAGCCAGCUCCAGAACCACCUGCUGAAGCACCAGAGCCCGAGGCCUUACACCUGCUCCCAGUGCGGCCUGGAGUUCGUGCAGCUCCACCACCUCCGUCAGCACUCGCUCACACACAAGGGGAUGAAAGGCCACAAGUGUGACGUGUGUUCCCGGGAGUUCACCCUGUCGGCCAACCUGAAGAGACACAUGCUGAUCCACAACAGCGUCAGACCCUUCCAGUGUCACGUCUGCUUCAAGAGCUUCAUCCAGAAACAGACGCUGAAGACCCACAUGAUCGUCCACCUGCCUGUGAAACCGUUCAAAUGCAAGGUGUGCGGCAAGUCUUUCAACAGAAUGUACAACCUGUUGGGCCACAUGCAUCUCCAUGCUGGCAGUAAGCCCUUUAAGUGUCCUUACUGCACAAGUAAGUUCAACCUGAAGGGGAACCUCAGCCGGCACAUGAAGGUCAAACACGGGAUGGAUGUCUCACCAGAAGGACAAGCAACAACUCAUUUAUUAACCUUAAAGCAACACAACAAUGUGAAACAUGAAGUCCUUCCGGAAAUGGAUAACCAGGGGGAGUAUGAAGGACAGAACUUCAACUUUACAUCGCCAGACAAUAUGGACAAUGGUGGCUCCCAGAACCUUACUAAACUCACCACGGCUAACAUGGACGACAUGGAGGAGUAUUACAAUUUUGGGAAGGAUACGACCAGCUACGCUACACCUUGAGAGGCGAUGAACCAUGUUGUUCUCAAGGCAGAAGGAAAUUACAGAGCUGUUGUCAAGGCUAUGGGAGACACUUGGGACGUGUUAUUAUUUAGUUUUAGUUUUGGCCUCCUUCCAGAAGAGCCAGAACUGAAGGACUCUGAUGGGAGGCCGGGAAGGAGACGCACGUCAGAGGAGACGUGUUAGCUCUACUGCUGAGGGCAGAGACACUGAACAUGUUGCCACUGGUCUGGAGCUUCCUUCUAUGGGAUUACUUCACCGACCGACUCAAGGACUUUCACUGGCGGACAGUUAAAUCUGUAUGUUGUGUGUAUGUAUCAGUUAUUUGAAAAAAAAUAAGAAAAGAAAAAAAGUUGCAGAGCCAUCAGUUACAUUUGAUGUGAUAGAAAUAUGUUUACCAUUUUUGUCAUUCACCACCGAUGUAUGCCCUUAUAUUUUUGACUGAAAGUGCCAGCUAGAUACAUUCGCAACUAAGCUUCCACCAUGUCAGCUAUUUACUCAUUGUAUAUCGAACUUUUGAUACAUAGUCACAACAUAUUCAUAGGUAUGAAUGCUUCUACUAAACAGUUCCUAAUUGUAGUUACUUGCCCAGCCCUCAAAAAGGGGAGGCUCGUUCAAUGCGUGUGUGCUUUACUGCACAGGACAUUGUAGCCUUUAUCUUUCCAGGGCACUUACGACCAAAGUUGCUACUGUCCCAUGUCGGCUGAUACCCGAAGACUUUGUUAGCGACAUGUAAAGCCCUGUCACUGUACAAAGGAUUCUGCAGUGUUUACCCACCUUUUGUCUCACAUGGUUUAGCUUGACAUUAAUAAUCUGUCCCGUGUAGUGAAUAUACUGCUCAAAGUUUUCGAAUUAAUGAGUGAACAAUACAAAGCACUUUUCCAAUGAGACCUUGCUUCAGUAAGAGUGAACUCAUUUGCCUCGAGGAGAAGAGCCGGGGGAACUAAGAUUGUAGAAUCUUUCAAGCCCCCAUAACAGCAAUAUUAUUGAACACAAAUAGAAAUGCUCUCUCAGUAGGUUUUUUUGUAAACUGCAGUUUCACAGUCUAAAUGCAAAUUGAAGAAUCAGCAGUUUGUAUGGAGAAUCAGCAGGUUUGGGUUUUUUGUUGUUUGUAGUUUCAGGAAUUUUUAAUCCAGGGCGGUUUUCACUUCACUUUCUCAAUUCAGAAAUAUAUUUCCCUGCUCAUUUGGAAAAAAAAGUCCAAGUGGAUGUCCAAUCAGUAGAUUGAAAAGAAGAAAAUACAUUUUUGAGAGGUUACAUUUUGUAUGAUUGAAUUGAAAGUGGACAGAUAAUUGUCCUGAUAUCCAUUAAUCUGUUUUGGGGGAGACCGUCAGCUCCCCCUGUCCUGCCAUGCAGGUCAGCCUUGAUAUGCACACUAAACCAGAGGGAUGGUCUACUCGCUCUUCUUCGAGAUGAGGAAAAUCAAACUGAGACCUCAUGGAAAAUGACCAUGAAUUAUUUAAUAAAGGUUCUCUAGUUUAAAUGA